AUGGCGGCAGUUCUUUGGGCCUUGAUCACCAUCAUGAUCACCAGCCUGCUUGUACUUGUACUUGCAGCCGUCCUUCUCUACUUUCUCUCCAAGAAGCUUGGACCAAUAUGUGCCCAACAAGAAUGCACCUCAACAGCCUUUGGAAAAGCAGAACUACUGCAAGAAGUGGUAGUCGUGCAACAAGCGAAAUUAGCUGUGAUGUUACUGAGGCUGCAGAGACACGAGAAAGGGGAAGUGAGAGAACCGAGGGCCCUCAAAGAAGAAACUAGUUUACGUGAUGGGUCAGGGGGCCGGGAUGGACAGCCCGUGGAACCUCAGUCGCCGCUGGCUCUGAAGGAAACCAAACUGGGGCAGCGACCCCCACCACCUUUCCAAUUGGCCCAGGGAGGAACACCUGACAAGGGGGACUCGCCUGAGCCUAAGCCGAGGUGUCCCCCACUUUCUGAGCCGCUCCUUCAGCAGCCCUGGCUGUUUCCUUCAGGGACAGGAUCCGCAGCAUUGGGCGGAUCCUCUGAGGAACCCACUGCUUCGGUCACAGGGGUUCAGAGAUUUCAAGAGGCCCUCAAGACCCCAUACAGUCUGGCCUUGAGAAAUGAGCCCAGCAGAGCAGAUCUGAAGCAUGUGGUGAUAGAUAGGAGUAACGUGGCCAUGGCCCACAGCCUGAAAAAGUUCUUCAGUUGCCGCGGAAUAGCCCUCGCCGUGGAGUAUUUCUGGAAGCUUGGUAACAGAAACAUCACCGUGUUUGUCCCGCAGUGGAGAACGAGAUGGGAUCCUCACGUCACUGAACAGCACCUGUUGGGCCAGCUCCAGGAGCUCGGCAUAGUGGCUCUGACUCCUGCCUGGAUGGUCUCCCGAGAAAGAAUCUCUUCUCAUGAUGACAGGUUCCUACUGCACCUGGCAGAGAACACCGGGGGGAUCAUCGUGACCAAUGAUAACCUGAGAGAGUUUGUGACUGAGUCGGCGUCCUGGAGAGAAAUCGUUGCCAGGAGACUGCUUCAUUACACGUUCGUGGGAGACAUAUUUAUGGUUCCCGAUGACCCUCUGGAAAGACACGGACCUCGGCUGGAAGAAUUUCUUCAAAAGGACCUCUUUCCUCCAGACAAGCAGCUGGUUGAUGACAGCGGCCCGCCAGGCAUGAGCAGUUUAGACUCUGUCCUCAGGAGCCCUAGCCCCAGCCCCAGCCCCAGCCAAUGGCCACCGCCUCAGAACCACGGAGCCUCUCCAAGCCCUGGGCUUCCUCAGCAACAGCUCUUCACUGCCCCGGUCACACUGCCCAGGAUGCAGCAGAAACUGGCCAGGCCCGCACAGAGAUCUUGGGCCGAGACCAGCGAGUUGAGGGAGGCGCUGAUGAGCAUCUUCCCGGACUCUGAACAGAAACAGAAGAUUGACCAGAUUCUGCUAGCUCAUCCAUCCACGAUGGACCUGAAUGUCCUCUCUGGCCUCGUGUUGGAUGCAAAGCUGGGCUGA